UGGAGGGGCUAGCUAAGAAAUCAAGGAUGAAGCUCCUUUUUGUAGCUGCCUAUGCACUCUUUGUGCUCUCCAUAUUUGACAAGGCUGACUCUUCAGCUUAUGACAAAAUAGUUGCCCACAGUCGCAUCAGGGCAAGAAAAGAAGGACCCAAUGUCUGCGCGCUCCAGCAAGCCAUGGGGACCAAGAAGAAGUACUUUAGCACUUGUCGUAAUUGGUACCGAGGGACUAUCUGUGGAAAGACAGCAACUGUGCUUUAUGAGUGCUGCCCAGGGUACAUGAAGCUGGAGGGCAUGCUUGGUUGCCCUGCAGUGGCCCCAAUCGAUAAUGUGUAUGGCACCUUGGGUCUGGUGAAGGCCACCUCAACCCAAAAAUACUCUGACAUCUCUAAGCUAAGGCCUGAGAUUGAGGGACCUGGAUCCUUUACCAUCUUUUCCCCCAGUAAUGAUGCCUGGGAUCUUUUGGAUGAAUCAAUGAAGAAUGCACUGGUCAGCAAUGUCAACAUUGAACUGUACAACGCUCUGCAUUAUCACAUGGCCAACCAACGCCUCUUGACCAAAGAUUUAAAGGAUGGAAUGACAGUCACUUCAAUGUACAGUGACCUUGGUCUCCAAAUUAACCAUUACUCCAAUGGGGUGGUGACUGUGAACUGCGCCAGGAUUAUCCAUGGCAACCAGAUAGCUACCAAUGGAGUUGUGCAUGUCAUUGACCGUGUCAUCAGCGCUGUGGGAAACACAAUCCAGGAUUUCAUCGAGGUUGACGAUGACCUGACAACUCUGAGUGAUGUGGCCCAAAACUCUGGAUUGCUGGAGAAGCUGGGUCAGCCAGGACAUUACACUCUCUUUGCCCCCACCAACGAAGCCUUUGAGAGUCUGGGCAGUGAAGUGUUGGAAAGACUUCAAGGCGACAAGAAGGUCAUCAAAGCUCUCCUCAAUUUCCACAUCCUGGACUCAGUCCAGUGCGCUGAGGCCAUCAUGUCUGGCACCUCUUAUGAGACCCUGGAGGGCAGCAGCAUUGAGAUCGGCUGUGAUGGCGAAAGUUUAACAGUCAACGGUAUCAAGAUGGUGCUCAAGAAGGACAUCGUCACCACCAAUGGUGUCAUCCACCUAAUUGACAAAGUGCUCAUGCCAGACUCAGCUAAGCAGGUGAUGGAACUGGUGGGAGAAUCCCAGUCAACCUUUGGUGACAUGGUGUCCGAGCUAGGCCUUUCUGCUUCCAUGAGAUCAGAUGCUGAGUACACUUUGCUGGCUCCCCUCAACGUUGCCUUCAAUGAUGAAGUGAUGUCCAUGGAUCAGAGUAUGCUCAGGUUUAUCCUGGAGAACCACAUCUUGAAGAAUAAGAUUGUCCUGGGACAGUUGUUUAAUGGUCAGCUGCUGGAGACAAUUGGAGGCAGAUUUCUGAGGGUCUUCAUCUAUCGCACAGCUGCGUGCAUUGAGAAUUCGUGUCUGGUGAGAGGCAGUAAAGAAGGAAGCAACGGGGCCCUUCACCUCAUGAGGACCUUUUUGAAACCGGCGGAAAAAAAUAUGUUUGAGAUUCUGACAGAAAAUGGAGGGUUCAAGAUCUUUUUGUCUCUGAUGGAAACUGCUGGCUUGACUGACCUGCUGAAACAGGAGGGAGCCUUUACUAUGUUCGCCCCAAGUGAUAAGGCUUUCGCUGACUUGAGCAACAGUGAUUUGUCCUUGUUGAAGAGUGACAUGAAUGCUCUCAGAACCAUCCUUUUGUAUCACAUCAAUAAUGGUAUCUUCAUUGGUGGUGGUUUGGAGCCUAGAGUGACAAACCUUCUCAAGUCUCUUCAGGGCAGCAACCUCAGAGUGAUGUCUGCAAACAACUCUAUGCUAGUGAACUCUGUCCAUGUCCCUGUAUCUGAUAUCAUGGCCACAAAUGGAGUCAUUCACUUCGUCAACCAACUCUUGUAUCCUGGAGAUAUCCCUGUUGGAAGCCAGGAUUUCCUCAUGCUAUUGAAGAGGCUCGUCAGUUACAUGCAGAUCAAGUUCAUUUCAGGAUUCAGAUAUCAGGAAAUCCCCCUUACAUUUAUGAAGAGGAUCAUCAACGUCCAGGAAGUUCCUGGUAUCACCAAGGUUACCAGAGUAAUUGAAGGUCAACCCGCCAUCACCAAGGUUACCAGAGUAAUUGAAGGUCAACCCGCCAUCACCAAGGUUACCAGAGUAAUUGAAGGUCAACCCGCCAUCACCAAGGUUACCAGAGUAAUUGAAGGUCAACCCGCCAUCACCAAGGUUACCAGGGUCAUUGAAGGUGAACCCUCCAUCACCAAGGUUACCAGGGUCAUUGAAGGUGAACCCUCCAUCACCAAGGUUACCAGAGUCAUUGAAGGUGAACCCUCCAUCACCAAGGUUACCAGAGUCAUUGAAGGCCCUCAGUACUCAGUCAGCUCCGGCACCACCAACAUCGCCCUGGAAGGAACUGACAUUUCAGGUCUUGCCAACAUUGGGGAUAGUGAAAGACUUGCCAGGAUUAUCCAAGGCAGUACAAGAAGAACCACUUCCCGAAGAGUUUUAGCUGGCAACAGGAGGAGAGUAAGAGAAUGAGCACGGACGGAUGAGAAUAUCGAUGUUGUAAAGGCAGAGAGAGACACCAAACCUAGAGAUUGAAAGUGUUGUUUUAAUACAGGGGAUACACACUUAAAAAGACAGUGAUUCCAAAUAUACUGUAGGAGGUAUAAUUGACAAAAAUAAAUCUAUUCUUACAAAUUAAUGGUGCUUUGAAUGUAUAUGUAUUUUGAGUGUACAAUGUCUAACAAAGAGUUCAGCAUAUGUAAACAGUGUUCAAAUUAACUUUUUGGCAUGACUUAGAGUUAGAACAUAAAACAUUUCAGUUCACUUCUCUAUGCCUUUGCUAUAAGUGUUUGGGAAGAUUUAUAAAUGUCAGCAUGAUUAAGAUUGAAAACGAAAGGAUGGUGAGUUUUCAGAUUUUAAUUGUUUAAUUGUUUUCCUUUCUGUGGCUGUAAGUUGUUUAAGGUUUCAAUGUUGUCUAUGCUUGUAUCAUUUGGAUCGAUGUAUCCAACUGCAGAAUAUUUUUAACAUCUUCCAAUAAAGUGCAUUCUUUUACAUAAAUAUGGCAAUUUGAAACGGGCAUCUGAAGA